GUGCUGGAGAAUCUGGUAAAAGCACCAUUGUGAAACAGAUGAAAAUCAUUCACGAAGAUGGCUAUUCAGAGGAAGAGUGUAAACAGUAUAAAGUAGUUGUCUACAGCAAUACUAUACAGUCCAUCAUUGCGAUCAUACGAGCCAUGGGACGGCUAAAGAUUGACUUUGGGGAAGCUGCCAGAGCAGAUGAUGCCCGGCAGUUAUUCGUGUUAGCUGGCAGUGCUGAAGAAGGAGUCAUGACUCCAGAACUAGCAGGCGUGAUUAAACGGUUAUGGCGAGAUGGUGGGGUGCAAGCGUGCUUCAGCAGAUCCAGGGAAUAUCAGCUCAAUGAUUCUGCUUCAUAUUACCUAAAUGAUUUGGAUAGAAUAUCCCAACCCAACUACAUUCCAACUCAGCAAGAUGUUCUUCGCACAAGGGUGAAGACCACAGGCAUUGUCAAAACGCAUUUGACCUUCAAAGACCUUUACUUCAAAAUGUUUGAUGUCGGUGGCCAAAGAUCAGAGCGGAAAAAGUGGAUUCACUGUUUUGAAGGAGUGACAGCCAUUAUCUUCUGUGUGGCCCUCAGUGACUAUGACCUUGUUCUGGCUGAGGAUGAGGAGAUGAACCGAAUGCAUGAAAGCAUGAAACUGUUUGACAGUAUUUGUAACAACAAGUGGUUUACAGACACUUCAAUCAUUCUUUUCCUUAACAAGAAAGACCUUUUUGAGGAAAAAAUAAAGAGGAGUCCAUUAACUAUCUGUUAUCCAGAAUACACAGGUUCCAACACAUACGAAGAGGCAGCUGCUUACAUCCAGUGCCAGUUUGAAGAUCUGAACAGGAGAAAAGACACCAAAGAGAUCUACACUCACUUUACCUGUGCUACAGACACCAAGAAUGUGCAGUUUGUUUUUGAUGCUGUUACAGAUGUCAUCAUUAAAAACAACUUAAAGGAGUGUGGACUUUAUUGAAGAGCAAGAAUGUUAGUAAAAGUUACUGCGAUGCGGAGUAUUGAGACCAGACAUCUUUUGCUGUCUUGUGGGGCAGCUGCAAGCAUGAACUGGACCAAGGAAUGGCAGCAGCAUGCAGAAUCCUAGCACUCUUUAGCACAGUCUUCUGUAUUAGGGAACUUUUAAUUGAUGAGAUGCUAAAGUCAGACAUUGGAAUUGAAACAACUGUAAAGUACGAUUUGAUCAUCCAGACCUCACUUGAAUUUUAUAAUUUCAGAUGGUUUUAGGGCAGAUGUGAAAUUGAGGUGCUGCAUUCCGGAACUUCAAUAUGUAGCUUACUCUUUUAUUUUCCUUCUUAACAAACCACCAAUAGUUCUUUUUUAAAGUUUUUUUUUUUUUCCAUCAAGAGAAGAAUAACUUUACUAAUUUUUAUUUCUUUGUUUGCUAAAGAAUCUUUAUUAAAACACAAACAAUCUUUACUAUGCACACAAUGUGACCAGAUCAUCUUAAAAAUAUUCCUCUUAGUAGGAACUCUUUGUUUUUAACUCUUGGUAUGGUCAGAAUAUGGUAUUUCCAUAAUUAAAAUUUUUUCCGGUUACUGGGGCUAUAAAUACAGCUUUUUUUGGAUGAAAUUUAUCACUAUUCUGCUCAGAGUACCAUUACGGUUUCUAAGAGGUAAUCGCAUUGAAGAGUUCUGCAAUAAGAUUUCAGCUAUCUCUUUAAGCUUAUGGUUGAAGGUUAACCUUGUUUAUUAUGCUGUUUACCAAAUUACUCGAUAAGUGCUGAUGCCCUAUGAUAAAGUCAGCUGCUUGGAUACAGACACACCUAGGCAGCUGCCAGUUAGAAAUUCAAAUUGCUAAAUUCCAAAAAAGAACCAGUGACUUUGCUGCUACAUGUCUACUAAAUUGACCACUUUGAUUCUUGCUUGUUUGUCUCAGUCAUAGGGAAUUUUGUACAAAGUGCCCCUUGUUUCCAUCUUCACGGCUUUUUCUGUUGGGAGACAUCGAAAGUGUAUUAACAGUGCAUGCUUUACUUUGUAAAUGUGCCAAAUCCCUGUCUGCCAUUGUUUUUACUGUAGCAAUGUUAACUAGUAAUCAGUCCUUAGUACUUUCUUUUGCUGAACUGUUGCAUAUUGAUACUUUUUCUACUUUGUCAUGUGUACAGAUUUUAAUCUGUUAUAGUUGGCAGCAGUAUUAAAAUGGUGAGUAAAGAGUCCAGGAUCGCUCCUGUUUGUAACUA